AUGCCUCCCACCACCAUCAACGACAUCGACGCCAACUCUGAAUCUGACGACGGAUCUUGGGUCGACGAAGAAGCUGCCAGUGGCUCCUCAUCCGAGUCUGAAUCCGAAUCCGAAUCCGAAUCAGGUUCAGGCUCAGGCUCAGAAGCAUCCGAUGCCUCAGAUGUCGAAAACCUACUCGAAUUAGGCCAAGCCCUGAUCUAUGGUAUUUUGCAACGCAAACCCAUUGAAGAUAUACGGACGAUACUGGAUGCAGGUGCCCCGCUUUGGUACCAGGAUGAGGAUGGGUGGAGUUGUCUGCAUGCGGCGGCGAGUUUGGAGGAUGAGAAGUUGAUCAAGGUAUUGCUGGAUGAAGGGGCCGUCUGGAAUGCCGUCGAUAAUCUGGGAAAUGGCGCGGGGGACAUCGCACUUUCACUCAAUAACGAGUCGUGCUAUAAGCUCAUUCGCGAUGCCGGGCUUCGUUCAGAGCUCCUUCUGCAACUCCUUGCAUCAAAAUCCAUCGAGCCACCGGAGACCCUGGUUCUCAAGGCCGUCGAUACAUCCGCCUUCGCGUCUUCAGAUGUCUUCCUCGCUUCGCCUCUCCGGUAUACGAAAGAUGAAAACGGGCAAGAGAUAUGCUUGUUGAAGUCAGAAGCUGGAACGGAAGUGGGAGUCAUGAUGGGGUGGGAACGUGAGAUCAUGCAGGAGACUGUUAAGCAGAUGUGUGCAGAACACCCGAAUAUGAAACAGGGGUUGAAGGUGCUCAAUGUCGGGUUUGGUCUCGGGAUCAUCGACACCUUUUUCGAAGAACUCCCGACUGCACCAACCCUUCACGUCAUUAUCGAGCCUCACAAAGAUGUCCUACAACACAUGCGCGAGAUGGGAUGGUUCGACAAACCAAAUGUCAAGAUCCUAGAAGGCAAAUGGCAAGAUUUCGUAUCCAGCAAGGAAUUGCUCGGCGUGGGCGGGUUUGACGCCGUCUACACAGAUACGUUCUCCGAAAACUACGAAGAUUUACGACAGUUUUGUGGAGUGGUCCCGAAGCUGUUGGCUGGGCCACAAUCUCGAUUCAGCUUUUUCAACGGAUUGGGCGCCACUAACGCCGUAUUCUACGACGUCUACACAAAGCUUGCAGAGCUCAACCUUGCAGACAUCGGCCUCGAUGUGCGGUGGAUAGACGUGGAUGUUGCAGCCGUGCAGGGCGAGGACAGGUGGGGGAAAACGAGGGAGUAUUUUGGCGUGAGGAUAUAUAGGAUGCCGAUUGGGUCGUUGAAAGCGAAAUGAAAAAUGACAGUUGUUGUGUUCCCGCCUUGCGCUAGCCUCAAACCGUUGAUGAUGAUGUUGCAUGUGGCCCCAUACUUACCCUGCGACUCCUAAAAGUGGUUUCACUCAUACAGCGGUGAUACAUCGUUUCC